AGAGUUAAUUUACCGCUUCAGCGCGCUCCUCUCUCGUCCCGUGCACGAGCGCGCGCGCGCAGAGGGUCGUGAACGCGCUCCGGUGCUGAUGUGAUCCGCCCAGUUUCAGCUCCGCCGCUGUUUCAGAUAAGCCACAAUGAGUCUGUACGGUUUGGCGCUGCUGUCGCUGCUGUCGCUGGAGUCACUGGCCGUCAGCAGCGUCGGCCCCAGUAACUCGUCCAGCAGUUUCUGCACCGAGUCUAAAGAGUGUCUUCAGUUUGAUCUGAUCUGCAGGACACAUGAGUACGAGGUGCGUCACUACUCGUCCUCGCGCUGGGUCUCUACGGAUGCUGAGGCAUAUUUCCUCGGCGUUGGCGCCGCCAUGGCCUUCAGACGCCUCUAUCAUUACAUAUCUGGAGCCAAUGAAGAGGGUGUGAAGUUUGAGAUGACGGCUCCGGUGCUAGUCGAAGUUCCAGAGGAAGUGAAGAUGUGGGAACCGGCGAUCUACACGCUCAGCUUCCUGCUGCCGUCAGCCUAUCAGGAGCGUCCGCCCACUCCCACCAAUGACAAGCUGUAUUUCACGGACAUGCCCGACAUGGACGUGUACGUGAGGAGUUACGGCGGCUGGAUGCUGUCGAUCACGUCUCGACUCCACGCACACCUGCUGAACAGAGCGCUGACCAGAGCCGGCGCGCGCUACAACCACACACACCACUACGCCGUGGGCUACGACAGUCCUCUGAAGUUGUUGAACAGGCAUAAUGAGGUGUGGUACGUGGCUGAAGGAGAGCCAGUCUGCGGAUCAGACCCGACCGACGCACCCUAAACAGGAAGCAGAUGACCGUUCUCCGUAUGAACGUGAGAGUUUGUGACAGAUCUAGUGCGAAUGUCACUGACCCUGCAGUAAUCUGCUUCAGCGCAGUAACUCAGAUGUGUGUGUGCUCAUAAUAAACUUCAACUGACUGCU